GUGAGGAACCCCAACACCCCGAUUUCCCCCCAAACCCAGCUCAGUGGUGAGGAACCCCAAACCCAGCUCAGUGACGAGGAACCCCCAACACCCCGAUUUCCCCGCAGGGUCACUGGUAGGAGGCAGCAGUGAGAGCUGAGCUGAGCCCCUGGGAAGGCGCUGCUGCCCGGGCUGGGCAGAGCCAGGAGCCCCAGCAUGUCCAGCCAGGGCGACGACUGCUACUUCUACUUCUACUCCACCUGCAACAAGGGCGAUUCCUGCUCCUUCCGGCACUGCGAGGCCGCCCUGGGCAGCGAGACCGUGUGCACGCUGUGGCAGGAGGGGCGCUGCUUCAGGAAUGUCUGCAGGUUCAGGCACAUGGAGAUCGAUAAAAAGCGCAGUGAGAUCGCCUGCUACUGGGAGAACCAGCCUGGGGGCUGCCAGAAGCACAACUGUGCCUUCCACCACGCCAAGGGCCGAUACGUGGACGGGCUCUUCCUGCCCCCCAGCAAGACCAGCCUGCCGGGCCCCGCCGAGGCGGCCGAGGAGGAGGCGAAGCUGCUGCAGCUGCAGCAGAACAAGCUGUGUGUGCAGCCCAGCCCCUCGGCGCCGCUGCGGGGGCUGCUCAAGGCCGAGGGCUCCGAGAGCGUGCCCAGCCCCACCCACCCGCCCCUGGUCAUCAACGCUGCUGAUGACGAUGAGGAUGAUGAUGACCAGCUUUCUGAAGAAGGAGAAGACUCCAAAGCCCCCGUGCAGCCCCCGGCCACAGAAGCCCACAACGGCCUGAGGGUGAUUUCCACCAGGAAACCCAACCCCGGUGCACAGCCAGAUGACAACUUGAAUUUUGGAAUCAAAACCUUGGAAGAGAUCAAACUGAAGAAACUCAAGGAAAAAGCCAAAAAACAAGGUGAAGGUCCUUCAGGAGUGGCUGUGGAUCCUCUCCAAGCCCGGAGCAUUCCUGUGCCAGAGAAGGAAAACGUCAGGACUGUGCUGAGAACUGUGACCCUUUCCUCCAAGGAAGGGGAGGACCCUGUGAUCCAGCUGAAUCUUCCUGACAGGCUGGGGAAAAGGAAAACCCUGCUGGGUGGAAAAAGUUUCCUCCCCCUGAGGAGGAACGUGGCUGACAGGCUGGGGAGGAAGGCAGAGCUGCAGGAAAACUCUGAAAAGGCCCCAAAAAGAGGCACAGUUCAAGUCCUGAAGUCCCUGAAGGAGAGGCUGGGGCUGCCCUCUGAGCAGAGCAGCACUGAGACAGACAAAGCUGCCAAACCCAUCGAGGAGAUCCGGGUGAAAACCCUGGAGGAAAUCCGCCUGGAGAGAGCCCACCAGAGGAGAGGAGAGCCCCCAGCCAAAAUCCCAGGAGAAGGAAGGAAAGCUGAAGAUCCCAAUCCAGGAGCAAAACCCUCCCCUGCUGCCCGCAGCAAAUCCCUGAGUGGAGCCCUGGCGGAAAAAAACCACAAAAGGUCGGGAGAGGAGAAGGAAAAACCUGAGGAGCUGAGCAGCAGGGCCAGAAGUGAGGCUGAGCCCAGGAAACAGAGCAGCCCUGCUGCAGCCGGGGCUGGCAGGGUGCAGCCUGAGGCUGGGAGAGCCAGAGGGGCCGGAGAGGUUCGGAUCAAAACCCUGGAGGAGAUCAAGAGGGAGAAGGCGCUGAGGCUGCAGCAGAGCGGGGAGAACAUCCCUGCUGCUCCUGGAGGAGCUCCUGCUGAGGCCGCCCUGAGGGGCAGGAAACUGCUGCGGGUCACCAGGCUGCUGGCACCUGGAAGAGAAGAAAAAAUGAUCGUGGAGCUGAACAAACCUUCCCCCAAAAACGGCUCUGCCCCUGCUGAGAAUUCAGGGAAUUCCGGAAUUCAGGUGAAGAGCCUGGAGGAAAUCAUGUGGGAGAAACGGCAGCAGAAACAGCGGCAGGAGGAGAAACUGCAGCAGGGAGCUGGGGCAAUUCCAGCUGAAAACCAGGAAAAAACCCAGGACAAAAACCAGGAGAAAGGCCCAGGAUCAGGGAGCCCCGAGGCUGCUGUGGGGCCAGCCCAGGCGGGCAGGAGGAGAGGGGGAAAAGCCGCCGAGGAUGGAGCGGGAACCCCGGAGAAGGAGCCGGGGAAAAAGGGAGCUCAGCUGCCCGAGAGGAGAGGCAGAGCCAAAUCCAAGGUGUGCCUGAAGCCUCUGGAUGCCAAAGCCCCUCCCAAGCAGCCCCUGAAGAGGAAGGGCCCCGAGGGCCCCCCCCCUGCAGUGGUGGCAGUGAAGCCACUCAGUGCCACCAGCGGGGACACCCAGGAGCCCCCCGCCAAGGUUGUUCCCCCUUCUCCAGAGGACAGCCCGGGCUCCAACCCUCGCAGGGAGAAUUCCCAGAGCAGCCCCGAGCUGCAGCCCGGCAGCCAGGGCCAUUCCCUGGCACACUCCGAGGGCUCUGCCUCUUCCUCCUCCUCCUCCUCCUCGCUGGAGGCUCCCCUGAAGCUGCGGCGCCUGAGCUCGGCCGGCGCCAAGGCCGCGCUCUCGGUGGAGGACGACUUUGAGAAGCUCAUCUGGGAGAUCUCGGGGGGAAAACUGGAGGCAGAAAUCGACCUGGAUCCGGGCAAGGAUGAGGAUGAUCUCCUGCUGGAACUGUCGGAGAUGAUUGACAGCUGAGAGGGGAGGUUUUGGGGGGAAAAAACCGACAAAACAGGACAAAAAGACGCGACACCAAAAAAAAAAAACCCUGAAAAAGCAGAAUUUCCUCCUCGCAUCCCACAGAAAUGCUGUGAGUGUUGUUGGAUCCGUGGAGGAGAUCCUUGGCCAGCUGGAUUGUUGGAUUGGGCAGAGUCUGCUCUCAGUUCUCCCAAAAUCCCGGGCUGGGUUUGUGCCCCACGGGACAGGACAGAGCACUUGGAGCGCCCCGAGGGGCCCGGCCCCAUCCCCAGAGCUCCCUGCCGGCUGAGGAUCCCAAAAAAGCCUGGAGUUACUGUGUCAACUCCGGACGCCACGGAUGGACUCGCAUUUGGGGGGAAUUCAGGGAAAAGAGGGCAAAGCUGAGGCGGGAUCUCGGACCAAAGCCUGCCAGGGUGAGCCUGGCUCGGGAUGAGCCGGGGGUUUUUGUUUUCCUGGGAUCCUGCCAUGGGGGGAAAGCAAAAUUCCUGCUGGAACUGGGGGGAAAAGCAAAAUUCCUGCUGGAACUGGGGGGAAAGGAGCAUUGCUUCAAGUGCCUCUGCGUUCUGAGGAUCUCCCCCUGCAGUGAACCUCCCACAUCCAGCUGGGAAGGGACAAAAAAAACCACCUGGAAUGUUCCCCCGUGGCUGCUUCCCUCCUUUCCAGCCCCGUGGAGAUGGGAUUGCCUGGAAUCCCCCUGGGGUUUGGGUUUUUCAUUUCGUUUUGGGGUUGGUUUUUUUUGUUCUUUUUUUUUUUUCUGUAAAUAUUUUAUUCUUCCAUUUUAUAUUUGUAUGAUUCUAUUUAAGGGAUUAAAGGUAGGCUGCUCAC